AGUGUCUUGGCAAACCAGAUCAAUCCAAUCCGCUGGGCGUUUUCCCGUCGCUUCGUGGAGUGUCGCUAGUCUGGCUGAAGGUGUUGGGCUCAUCAAGUAUGGCUGAAGAUCCAUCAGGCUGGUCACUGACCGAAUCUGAUCCUCAAGUCUUCACUCAGUUGCUCAAAGAUCUCGGCGUAAAGGGUUUACAAGUGGACGAUCUCUACUCCCUUGACUCGGAUACUUUAGGUCCUCUAAGACCUAUUCACGCCCUCAUUUUCUUGUUCAAAUAUGUCGGAGGUGACGAAGGGGAAUCAUCUUCCGGUAUCGAAGUGGAUUCAGGAGAGAAUGGCGUAUGGUUCGCGAAUCAGGUCAUCAAUAAUAGCUGUGGAACGCUUGCUGCUUUAAAUGCCGUGAUGAAUAUCCCUCCGCAAAGCUCUGAACACCCUAGCGAGAGUAUAGAACUGGGUCCUGAACUCGAGAAUUUGAGGGAUUUUGGAUCAGCCAUGGGACCUUUGGACCUCGGUCACACCCUCUCCUCCCACCCUCUUAUCCGCGAAGUCCACAACUCCUUCUCCAAAUCGUCUCCCUUCUCUAUGGAUCCGGCCGCGUUCCCAGAACGUGAAAGGGAAGAUGCUUAUCAUUUCGUGGCCUAUCUACCAGUCAAUGGAGUUCUGUACGAGCUCGAUGGGCUAAGACGGAAUCCAAUCAUGCACGCUGCUGUCGAAGAUGAUUGGCUGGAUCAGGCGAGAGAGACCAUCGAAGCUAGGAUAGCGACCUAUCCCGCAGGCUCACUCAUGUUCAACCUUCUUGCUGUUCGAUCGGACCCUCUACCACGCCUCACUCGAUUGUUGAAUGACCCUACGACGGCCACGCAAGAGAAGAUGACGAUGCAGGAUCAGUUGUAUCAAGAACGGACGAAGAACGAGCGCGGAGCAGUCGAGAAUACUCUGCGGCGGAAUAAUCUACUACCAGUGGUCUUCGAGCUGUUCAAAACCUUGGGACAGAGCGGAAAGAUGGGUCCAAUCAUUGAGGAGGCGCGGGCCAAGGGAAGAACCAGACGGGAGAGAGCAAAACAGAGGGGCGAGGAUGAAGAUUAGGCGAAGUGCGUGUCGGUCUGAAAAGGAUGGCAUCCUCGGGUGUCAAGAGGCUCUCACAGGGACUUCUCGAAUGAUCAGUGAUCUAGGCUCCACAAUCCAAGCU